UCAUAGCCAAACUCUCCACCCACCCCAGACCCUCCACCUUUCAGAAGGAAUCAAUUUCCUGCUAUUCUAUCUGUGGCUUCUGAGAGAACACUCACUAUUAGAGACUUCUGACACCAAGAAGUGUUUACUGGCUGCACCGUGAAAAGCUAAGAUGAAGCUCCUCCUCAACCUGGCCACCUUUUGCAUCACUCUGGCCCUGGGUCGUGGAGCGUGCAUUAACUUUCCACCUACUAUCCUAGAAUCUAAUGAUGGCAAGCUAGUGUUUCAGGACCAAUGUACCGACCCCUAUGAUAAGAGCACGCAUCCAGUUGAGUCUGAGUGGAAUUCUGCUAAUUGCAUGCAUUGCAAAUGUUUCGAUGGAGGUGAAAUGAAGUGCUGUGACAGAUCUGGUGGAAUUGGACGUGUUCCCGGCUGUGCAGCAGUUGUUGAUCCGGAAACGUGUAUGACUCUGUUCUAUAGGCUUGACGACCCCUCAAAGCUGUGUGGGAUGAGUUAAAAACCAGCUUCGUGCCCUUCAUAAAUGGGGACCGGAAUAAAUCAGUCACUUGCA